AAGAAUGGGAAGAGGAAGAGUAGAGUUGAAAAGGAUAGAAAACAAGAUCAAUCGACAGGUGACGUUUUCAAAACGAAGAAAUGGUUUGUUGAAGAAAGCUUAUGAACUUUCUGUUCUUUGUGAUGCCGAAGUUGGUCUUAUCGUCUUCUCCAGUCGUGGAAAACUCUAUGAAUUUGGAAGCGCCGGUGUUUCCAAGACCAUCGAAAGGUACCUACGUUGCUGUUAUAACCCUCAUGAAAACGUCGUUGAACGUGACACUCAGAAUUGGUUCCAAGAGGCGUCCAAAUUAAAGACAAAGUAUGAAUCACUUUUGCGUACUCAAAGGCAUCUUCUUGGAGAGGAUCUCGGACCACUCAGCGUGAAGGAGUUACAGAAUCUCGAGAAGCAACUUGAAGGAGCGUUGUCCCAGACUCGCCAACGCAAGACACAAAUAAUGUUGGAGCAAAUGGAAGAGCUGAGGAGGAAGGAACGCCAUCUCGGGGAUGUAAACAAGCAGUUGAAGAUUAAGGUUUCGCUAGAAAUGUCAUCGCUUGGCGAGACAGAUCAUGAUCAAGAUCUUAGAGCCCUCCCAUGUUCAUGGAACCUUGACCCAUCUGCAGCUGGUUCCAGCAGUUUCACUCAUCAUGUUCUUCAAUCCAAUCCCAUGGAUUGUGAAAUGGAGCCUGUUCUUCAAAUAGGGUACAAUCACUAUGUUACUGGGGAAGGAUCAUCUGUUCCAAGGAGCUUAACUGCUGAGACUGCUGAUAUUGUUCAAGGUUGGGUUCUUUGA